AGCGAGCGCCGGAGCCGUGCGGACAGCGAGCAGACAAGAGCCAAGCUUUGGGCACAUCCUGCCAACCAGCUGGACACGAUGAACGGCCAUUCCACCCCUCUGGACGUCCUGGUCAGCAACGGCAUGGAGUCAGCCAGGGUCCCCCAGGCCAAGAAGGCCAUGCCGGGGGCCAGCGUCCCCGCUGAGUCCCCGGCCGAGGCCACCCUGUCUGCCGAGGCCAGGAGCAUCGCGGGGUUGCAGGUGGAGGCCUCUGGCCAGGUGCUGAGUGUCCUACGCCGCCAUGAGGCAGGGCCUCCUCCCUCGGGGCUCGGGCGCCUGCUGGAGGCUCAGGCGGCGACCGGGGGCCUCGUGGAGCCCACCCUGGGCCAGCUGCUGCCCGUGUCUGAGGCCCUGCGGCAGGGCCUGGUGGGGCUGGAGCUGAAGGAGAAGCUGCGUGGCGAGCGUGCAGUCACCGGCUACACCGACCCCUAUGGCGGCGGGAACCUGGCACUCUUCCAGGGCUCGGGAAGGAUGGUGGUGGACCGGGCAACUGGGGUGCAGCUGGCUGGAGGGCCCAGAUGGCCACCGGGGGCCUGGUGGGACCCCGUGCAGGGGUGAUACGCGGUGGCUCCUGAGGAGGCCUGUGAGCUCGGCCUCCUGGACCGGGAGACGUGGCGCUGCCUGUCAGAGCCCGAGCCCGGCUCCUCGGGCUUCUGCGACCCCAACACACUGGAGCGACUGCCCUAUGGCGAGCUGCUGGGCAGGUGUGUGGCAGCCCCUGGCUCGGGUCUGGCCCUGCUGCCCCUGAAGACCAACUUUCCGCAGCCUGGGGGUGCUGUGAGUGUGGCCGAGCUACUGGAGACUGGCGUCCUGGACAGGGAGACGGCCCGGGGCCUGCAGGAGGGAAGGCUGGCAGUGCCCGAAGUGGCUGCACGUGCCGAGGUGCAGCGCUACCUGGAGGGCACCGGUGGCAUGGCAGGGGUCGUGCUGCUGCCCGCCGGCCACAGGAAGAGCCUCUUCCAGGCAGCCACCGAGCACCUGCUCCGUGGCACCUCACUGCCCCUGCUGGAGGCCCAGGCUGCCACCCGCACCCUGGUUGACCCAGCCACAGGCCGGCAGCUGGGGGUGGACGAGGCGGUCAGGGUGGGCCUGGUUGGCCCCGAGCUGCACGGGCCUCUCCUCGUGGCGGAGCAGGCGGUGACGGGCUACCUCGACCCCUUCAGCGGUGCCCAUCCCCUCUUCCAGGCCAUGAAGAAGGGGCGGGAGCGGCCACUGGCGCUGCGGCUGCUGGAUGCCCAGCUGGCCACGGAGGGGGUGUGUCCAGCACGCCGGCUCCGGCUGCCCCUGGAAGCCGCCCUCCGCUUUGGCUGCCUGGACACAGACACUCAGCAUGCCUCUCGCAAGCCAGCGGCUUUCUCAGACCCCCGCACGCAGGAGAGCCUCGGCUACGGGCAGCUGCUGGCCGCUGCGUCACCACCCGGCCACGGGCUCGCCUUCCUGCCCCUCGAGGGGGAGCACUCAGGGAACCCCGUUCAUGUCGAGCACAGCACCCGGCAGGCCCUGAUCGCAGCCAUGACCACCGUCUCCGUGGGGAAAUUCCGGGGCCGGCCCGUUUCUCUCUGGGAGCUGCUUUUCUCUGAGGCUGUCCCCACAGAGCAGCGGGCAGCGCUGGCCCAAGCAGCACCGGGACGGGGGCGCUCUCGGAGGAGGAGCUGGCUGCCCGGCUGAGGGCUUGCCGUGGAGCAGGCGGUGGCGGACGCCAAGGUCACCUUUACUGGGCUGAGGGACGCCGUGGCGCCGCGAGAGCUGCUGGAAGCCAAGAUCAUGGACCGGGACGUGUACGAGCAGCUGACGCGCGGGGAGACCUCGGCGGCGCCUGGCCUCCUGGACAACGUGCAGCGCUACCUUCAGGGCACCGGCUGCAUCGCUGGCCUGCUGCUGCCCAGGGCCCAGGAGCGGCUUGGCAUCUACGAGGCCCGCAGGAAGGGGCUGCUGCGGCCUGGCACGGCCCUUGUCCUCCUGGAGGCGCAGGCGGCCACAGGCUUCAUCGUUGACCCGAAAGAAAACAAGAGGCACUCGGUGGAGGAGGCGCUGAGGGCCGGCGCCAUCGGGCCGGACAUGUACCCGAAGCUGCUGGCGGCCGAGCGCGCGGUCACCGGCUACACCGACCCCUACACCGGGGGGCAGAUCUCCCUCUUCCAGGCCAUGAAGAAGGGCCUGAUCGUCAGGGAGCACGGCGUGCGCCUGCUGGAGGCCCAGAUCGCCACGGGCGGCGUCAUCGACCCGGUGCACAGCCACCGCCUGCCCGUGGAGGUGGCCUACCAGCGCGGCUACUUCGACGAGGACAUGAACCGCGUCCUGUCCGACCCCGGCGACGACACCAAGGGCUUCUUCGACCCCAACACGCACGAGAACCUCACCUACCUGCAGCUGCUGGAGAAAUGCGUCACCGACCCCGACACGGGCCUGCGCCUCCUGCCGCUCAGCCACGCGCAGCCCCAGCUCGUGGACGGUGCCACCCGGCAGGCGCUCCAGAGCCAGCUGCUGUCGGUGCGGCAUGGCCGCUUCCGGGCCGGGCGGGUCUCCCUGUGGGAGCUGGUCAACUCCGAGUGCUUCAGCGAGGAGCAGCGCAGGCAGCUGCUGCAGCGUUUCCGGCGGCGCGAGCUCAGCCUGGAGCAGCUGGUGCAGCUGCUGGAGCGCCAGGCUGGGAGGUGGGCCGACAUCUCGCUGCCCGGGCUGCGGGGCCGGGUCAGUGUCCACCAGCUGCUGGAGGCCCGCGUCAUCGACCAGGAGCUCCUGGACCGGGUGCUGGCAGGCACGGUGCGCCCCGAGGCUCUGCUCGGCAUGGAGCGAGUGAGCAGGCACCUGCGGGGCACGGGGGCCGUGGGCGGUGUGCUGCUGCAGCCCUCCAACCGGCAGCUCAGCCUCUACCAGGCCAUGCAGCAGCAGCUGCUGGGCCCAGGCGUGGCCGUGGCCCUGCUGGAGGCCCAGGCGGCCACCGGAUCCAUCCUGGACCCCGGCAGCCUGGAGACGCUGUCAGUGGACGAGGCCGUGCGCCGGGGGCUGGUGGGGCCGGAGCUGUGCUGCCGGCUGCGGUGGGCCGAGCAGGCCGUCACGGGCUUCAGGGACCCCUUCUCUGGGAAGAGGGUGCCCCUGUUCCAGGCCAUGAAGAAGGGCCUCGUCCCUGCGGAGCAGGCCACCCGUCUCCUGGAGGCCCAGGUGGCCACGGGGGGCAUCAUUGACCCUGCCUGCCACCUCCACCUGGCCCUGCCCGUGGCUACCGAGCGCGGCUGCAUCGACCACGAGAUGGAAACAGCCCUGGCCAGCACCCCACGGGCCUUCCCCACCCCGGACAGCCAGGAGCACGUCAGGUAUGCCCGGCUGCUUGAGCAGUGUCUGAAGGACGAGGCCUCUGGGCUCUGCCUCCUGCCCCUGCCGGAAAGUGCCCCCGCCGUCCCCACGGAUGCGCAGAUCCAGCAGACCCUGCAGGCUGAGCCAGGGGCCGAGGACGGCACGACCCUCUGGGACCUGCUGGGCUCCUGCCACCUCACCGAGGAGCAGCGUGCAGGCUUCCUGGAGGACUUCAGGACCGGGAGGAAGACUGUGCAGCAGCUGCGGACGGCCGUGAUGGAGCAGGUGCAGGAGGCGGAGCUCCUGGCCCGGGCCCACGUCACAGUGCCCGGCCCGCGUGGUGACGUCCCCGCCGUCUGGCUGCUGGACAUGGGCAUCAUCACCCGGGAGACCCUGGCGGCCCUGGCCCAGGGCAGGCAGUCACCGGGUGAGGUGGCCAAGCAGCCUGCAGUGAAGACCUGUCUCUGGGGCACGGGCUGUGUGGCUGGGGUGCUGCUGCAGCCGGCCGGUACCAGGAUGACCAUCGCCCAGGCUGUGCGGGAUGGCCUCCUGCCCGCGGGCCUGGGGCACAGGCUGCUGGAGGCCCAGGUGGCCUGCGGAGCCCUUGUCAACCCCCUGACCAAUCAGAGACUCUCGGUGGACGGCGCGGUCCAGGCCGGCCUGGUAGACGGGGCGCUGAGCGAGCAGCUCCGGCAGACUGAGCAGGCCGUGGGCGGGCACAUGGACCCCUACUCCGGGGCCACCCUCUCGCUGUGGCAGGCCAUGGAGAAGGGGCUCGUGCCGCGCAGCGAGGGCUGCCCCCUCCUGCAGGCACAGCUGGCCACGGGGGGCGCAGUGGACCCGGGGCACGGGGUGCACCUGCCCGUGGCGGCUGCCUGCAGGCUCGGCCUCCUGGACGAGGAGACCGGCCGGGCGCUGACCUCCGCGGACGACGACCACAAGUUCUUCUUUGACCCCAGCACGCGGGAGAAGGUGACCUACCAGCAGCUCAGGGAGCGCUGUGUCUCGGACCCCGACACGGGCCUGCGGCUGCUCCCACUCGGCCAGGAUGCGGCGCCCGAGGUGGACGAGCACACGGCCAUGGCGCUGCGGUCACUGAGCGUGCCCGUGAGCGCGGGGCGGUUCAAGGGGCAGGCAGUGUCCGCGUGGGAGCUGCUGCACUCCGAGUACGUCAGCGCUGACCGGCGGCGGGAGCUGCUGGCGCAGUGCCGCUCGGGGCGGGCCACGGCCCUCCAGCAGGUGGUCAGCACGGUGGCUGCCCUGGUGGAGGCGGCGGAGCAGCAGCCCCCACAGGCCACCUUCCGGGGGCUGCGCAAGCAGGUGUCGGCCCAUGACCUAUUCAGGUCCCAGCUCAUAGACAAAAGGACGCUGGACGACCUGAGCCUGGGCCGGAAAACCGUGCAGGAGGUGACGCAGAUGGACAGCGUGCGGCGCUCCCUGGAGGGGGCUAACUUCAUCGCCGGGGUGCUGGUGCAGGCCACGGGGGAGCGGGUGAGCAUCCCGGAGGCGCUGCGGAGGCACCUGCUGCGGCCUGGCACCGCGCUCGUGCUGCUCGAGGCCCAGGCGGCCACCGGCUUCGUCAUCGACCCCGUGGAGAACCAGAAGCUGACCGUGGAGCAGGCAUUCUCCGCAGGGAUGUUUGGCAAGGAAACCUACACGAAGCUGCUGGCGGCCGAGCGCGCGGUCACCGGCUACACCGACCCCUACACCGGGGGGCAGAUCUCCCUCUUCCAGGCCAUGAAGAAGGGCCUGAUCGUCAGGGAGCACGGCGUGCGCCUGCUGGAGGCCCAGAUCGCCACGGGCGGCGUCAUCGACCCGGUGCACAGCCAUCGCCUGCCCGUGGAGGUGGCCUACCAGCGCGGCUACUUCGACGAGGACAUGAACCGCGUCCUGUCCGACCCCGGCGACGACACCAAGGGCUUCUUCGACCCCAACACGCAUGAGAACCUCACCUACCUGCAGCUGCUGGAGCGCUGCGUGCGCGACCCCGACACGGGGCUGUACAUGUUGCAAAUCGUGAAGAAAGGGGAGCCGUACGUGUACAUCGACAAAGCCACGAGAGAAGCACUGCGGGCACGGACGGCCAGGAUGCGCGUGGGGCUGUUUGCCAAUCAGACGGUCUCCGUGUGGGAGCUGCUGUCCUCCCAGUACUUCACAGGGGACAGGAAGCGAGAACUUGUCCAGCAAUUCAGAACCAGAAGCAUGAGUCUGGAGAGACUGUUGGCUGUCAUCACCACGACCGUCGAGGAAACGGAAAAGCGAAGCCAAGGGGUCUGGGUGGCGGGGAUGCAAGGGCAGGUGACGGCCGCAGAGUUAUUCAACGCCGGAAUCAUUGAUAAGAAAACCCUGGAAGCACUCCUGGGGGACCCCGGCCGGGCACAGACCCUCCGCGGGCUGGAGCACGUGAGGACAUACCUGGAGGGCAGGGGCUGCAUUGCCGGGGUGACGGUGCCCCCCAGGCAGGAAGUGACAGGCAUCUACGAGGCCAGCAGGAAGGGGCUUCUCUCCACCAGUGUCGCGGCUCAACUGCUGGAGGCGCAGGUGGCCUCGGGCUUCCUGCUGGACCCCCGUGGCCACCGGCGGCUGUCUGUGGAGGAGGCCAUGGCCACCAGCCUGGUGGGCGAAGAGCUGAGGGAGAGGCUCUUGGAGGCUGAGAAGGCAGCCAAAGGCUACACCGACCCAGCCACAGGGGACAAGAUCUCACUAUUCCAGGCCAUGCAAAAGAAAUUAGUCCGAAGGGAAGACGCGCUGAGGUUUCUGGAGGUGCAGGUGGCCACAGGGGGCGUCAUCGAUCCGUGGCACGGCCACCGGCUGCCCCUGGACACAGCCUACCGGCGUGGCUGCCUGAACGAGGACACAUAUGCGCUCGUCUCCGACGAGAAGCACAUGAACAGAAGGUUCCUGGACCCCAAUACACAGGAGAAGGCAACGUACGGGGAGCUGCAGGGCAGGACCAGGAUCGAUGAGAAGACGGGCUGGUCUCUGCUCCCGAUAGACAAGGACAAAACCAACAGCGAGUACAUUGACGAGGCCACCAAAAAGGCGCUGGAGGCAGAGCAGGUGCAGAUCACCAAGGGAAGGUUCAGGGGACAGAGGCUGACGGUGUGGGAGCUGCUGAACUCCGAGUACAUCACGGAGGAGAAGAAGCACGAGCUGGUGAACAAAUACAGGAAGGACACAGCACGGGCCCUCCAGGAGGUAGUCAGAAUUAUUCUGGAUAUAAUUGAAGCAAAGGAAAAGAGCAGUAAACAGAUAUGGUUCAAAGGAAUUAGAAGGCAAAUCACGGCCUCUGAGCUCUUCAAGUCCGAAAUCAUCACAAAGGAAAUGUUAGAAGAACUGGAAAAAGGAAGAACCACGGUGGAGGACAUGAGGAAAAACACCGAGGUCAAGCGCUACCUGGAGGGCACCGGCUGCAUCGCGGGCGUCCUGGCGCCCUCCCGCGACGAGCCGGGGCGCGCCGAGAAGAUGAGCAUCUACCAGGCCAUGUGGAAGGGCCUGCUGCGGCCCGGCACCGCGCUGGUGCUGCUGGAGGCGCAGGCGGCCACGGGCUUCGUCGUCGACCCGGUGCGCAACCAGCGGCUGUCGGUGGAGGAGGCGGUGGCCGCGGGCGUGGUGGGCGGCGAGAUCCGCCAGAAGCUGCUGGCGGCCGAGCGCGCGGUCACCGGCUACACCGACCCCUACACCGGGGGGCAGAUCUCCCUCUUCCAGGCCAUGAAGAAGGACCUGAUCGUCAGGGAGCACGGCGUGCGCCUGCUGGAGGCCCAGAUCGCCACGGGCGGCGUCAUCGACCCGGUGCACAGCCACCGUGUGCCCGUGGAGGUGGCCUACCAGCGCGGCUACUUCGACGAGGACAUGAACCGCGUCCUGUCCGACCCCGGCGACGACACCAAGGGCUUCUUCGACCCCAACACUCACGAGAACCUCACCUACCUGCAGCUGCUGCGCAGGUGCGUGCGCGACCCCGACACCGGGCUCCUCAUGCUGCAGCUGGCGGCCCCGGGCUCCGCCGUGCACCAGCUGAGCGAGGAGCUGCGCCGCGCGCUGCGGGACGCCCCGGUGACGCCGGAGGCGGGCGCCCUGCGGGGCCAGAGCCUCUCGGUGUGGGAGCUGCUGUUCUUCCGCGAGGUCCCCGAGGGCCUGCGACAGGACGUGCUGCGGCGGUACCGGGCGGGCGCCCUGAGCGCGCAGGGGGUGGGCGCCGCCCUCACCGCGCUGCUGGCCGCCCCGGACCCUCACGGCGCCCUGCGGCAGGCCACCAUGGAGUUGCGCGUCGGCCGCUUCCGCGGCGGACCGGUGCCCGUGUGGGACGUCUUGGCAUCCAGCUACGUGCAGGGCGCCACGCGCGAGGAGCUGCUGUCCCAGUUCGGCUCGGGGGCGCUGACCCUGCCCGCGCUGAUCUGCAGGCUGACGGCCAUCGUCGAAGAGGCCGAGGGCGUGGGGGGCGGGUCCCGGGAAACCGUGUCCGGGGCGCAGGAACCCGGGCCGCAGACGAGCGCUGACGGUGACGCGGGGUCCUCCCCGACCCAGCCCGAGCCCGAGCCCGAGGGCGCCCGGCGCCGCCAGGAGCAGGCCCUGCGCGCGGCCACUCUGGAGCUGCAGGUCGGGCAGUUCCAGGGCCAGCGCGUGUCCGCGUGGGACGUCCUCUUCUCCUCCUCCCUGAGCCAGGCCCGCCGGGACGAGCUCCUGGCGCAGCACGCAGCGGGCACCCUGGCCCUGCCCGCCCUCCUCUCCACCCUCACCCGCCUGGUGGAGGAGAACGAGGCGCGGCUAAGCAAGGUGUCCUUCCGCGGCCUGCGGCGCCAGGUGUCGGCCUCGGAGCUGCGCGCCGCCCGGGUCCUGGGCCCUGAGACCCUGCUGGAGCUGGCCCAGGGCACCAAGACCCUGCAGGAGGUGACGGAGAUGGACUCCGUCAAGCGCUACCUGGAGGGCACCGGCUGCAUCGCGGGCGUCCUGGCGCCCUCCCGCGACGAGCCGGGGCGCGCCGAGAAGAUGAGCAUCUACCAGGCCAUGUGGAAGGGCCUGCUGCGGCCCGGCACCGCGCUGGUGCUGCUGGAGGCGCAGGCAGCCACGGGCUUCGUCGUCGACCCGGUGCGCAACCAGCGGCUGUCGGUGGAGGAGGCGGUGGCCGCGGGCGUGGUGGGCGGCGAGAUCCGCCAGAAGCUGCUGGCGGCCGAGCGCGCGGUCACCGGCUACACCGACCCCUACACCGGGGGGCAGAUCUCCCUCUUCCAGGCCAUGAAGAAGGGCCUGAUCGUCAGGGAGCACGGGGUGCGCCUGCUGGAGGCCCAGAUCGCCACGGGCGGCGUCAUCGACCCGGUGCACAGCCACCGCGUGCCCGUGGAGGUGGCCUACCAGCGCGGCUACUUCGACGAGGACAUGAACCGCGUCCUGUCCGACCCCGGCGACGACACCAAGGGCUUCUUCGACCCCAACACGCACGAGAACCUCACCUACCUGCAGCUGCUGGAGAAAUGCGUCACCGACCCCGACACGGGCCUGCGCCUCCUGCAGCUCUCGAAGAAGUGAGAUUUUCUAACUGACGUCUUCUGAGAUGCUCUUGUUAUGUUUUUCAAGAACGUCUUAUGUUCUUCACUUUUCCAGCUUGCUCCAAUUUUUUUGUCCUUUUCCCUUUUUCCCCCUCUAAUUAGUUUACUGUUUUGAACCUUCUUAAGGAAUCUUCCACUUCUGUCUUUCAGUAGUUGGGACAUCUCCCAUUUGCCCCAGUAGGAAUUUUUCUGCCCUCCCUCUUCCCACUUUUCAGUGCUCUCAGACCCUCUUACCCCAGACUUCCCACUGUUGUUUUUUAUGUCAGUGGAAGUUUCACCGUGAUCAUAUUUGUGCUCCAUUGCUUUCUAGAACUCCUUUCCUAGGGCAUGUGGUGCAUCAGAGUGACAUGUACACGAUGACUUGAGGUAUUUUCCAAAAUUUAUUAAAUGCAUUCCUUUCAAUUAUGAAA